AUGUCAAAUAUGUUCCCAGAGAAUUUGUUGACAGCUUGUUUUCAACAAGUUGAAACUGUGUUUAGAAAAAUUUCUAAGAAUGUUACUGUGGCGCCAAUGGAAAAUAUUGAUGGCGAGGUUACUAUUGCAAACGAUUCUCAGAUCAUUACAUAUUUCGAGAGAGAGCAAGUAUACAAAGACGGCACUAAUGUUUUAGGCCUCAUUGUCUUCUGCAUUGCGUUUGGGAUAAUUGGUGGGCAACUAGGAGAAUUCGGAGCUCCAAUGGUUCGUUUCUUCGUCAUUCUAAAUGAAAUUAUAAUGAGGAUCGUCAUUAUAAUUAUGUGGUAUUCUCCUUUUGGCAUUAUGUCCUUGAUAGAUGGCAAAAUCAUGGCUAUUAACGACUUAGCAAAGACUGCCGAGCAAUUAGGUUUAUAUAUGCUGACCGUUGUAGCUGGACUCGCGAUUCAUACCUGUGUAACACUACAAUUUUUGUAUUUUGCUGUAACACAUAAAAAUCCAUUCACUUUUUUUAAAGGCAUGUUACAAGCUUGGGUAACUGCCCUCGGCACGGCUUCCAUUGCAGCAACACUACCAGUAACUUUCCGAUGCUUGGAAGGAAAUAAUGGUAUAGAUAAGAGAGUAACUAGAUUUUUUUUACCAGUUGGAGCCACAGUAAAUAUGGACGGUACGGCCCUUUAUGAAGCUGUGGCUGCUAUUUUUAUUGCUCUGAUGAAUGGUAUUGACUUGACAGCUGGACAAGUUAUAUAUGUAAGAAUGAUACUUAUGCUCAAAUCAUCAUCAUCGUCGACAUUCAAUGCCGAAUUUAAAUUUGUACUUACAUCUGUAGGAUUACCAACUGAAGAUAUCUCCAUGAUUGUUGCUGUUGAUUGGGACAGAGUAAGGACUUCAAUAAAUGUUUUGGGUGAUGCAUUUGGAGCAGGAAUCAUUCAUCACUUAUGCAGAGGAGAACUAGAAAGCACUAAUGUUAAUAGAAUUAGCAUUGAAAUUCGAGACUGUUAUGCAGAUUCAAGGCGAAGAAGUUCACUUUCCUCAGCACAGUAUUCUUUUCGAAACCUAGCAAAGCAGAAGAAACAGCCUGGAUUUGGUAGAACGACCAGCACUGCUAUAGAUGAUGAUAGCAACAAUGAAACUCAAAUGUAA